AAAAAAAAAAAGGUAUUUAGGUCCAAUUUGAGCAAUGCAGUCAAUCAAAACAACUGAUUUGCCGGAGAAUCCAAGGGAACAUGCCAGUUUUAUAUCGGCAAUAUGUUUCUGGUUUACUAUGCCCACGUUUCUCAAGGGGCGCAAAAAAUUGCUGGAAACUGAAGAUCUCUAUAAGGCGUUGAAGGAACACAAGUCAGAAACACUCGGAGAUAAAUUAUGCUCCGCAUGGGAUCGGGAGUUGCUAAAGAAGCAACAGAACUCGAAGAAGGAACCAAGUUUGCUGCGGACUCUGGUGAAAGUCUUUGGCCCUUACUUUGCCCUACUGGGAUUAGUGCUCUUCCUGCUGGAACUGGGACUGAGGACGAUACAGCCACUUUUUCUACUUAAGCUGAUAUCAUAUUAUACCCAUGGAUCGGAGACAAUUGAUGCCGCCUAUUAUUAUGCCGCUGGCGUGAUUGCUUGCAGUGCCCUCAAUGUAUUCAUCAUGCAUCCUUAUAUGCUGGGCACCAUUCACAUGGGCAUGAAAAUGCGUGUGGGAUUGUGCAGCAUGAUUUAUCGCAAGGCUUUAAAAUUGAGCAAGACGGCAUUGGGGGAUACGACGGCGGGUCAUAUUGUUAAUCUGAUAUCCAAUGAUGUGGGACGUUUGGAUUUUGCGACCAUAUUUGUGCAUUAUCUAUGGGUCGGACCUCUUCAGACAUUGUUUAUAACCUAUCUAAUGUACUUAAAGAUUGGAGUUGCCGCUAUUUUUGGUGUGGCAUUUAUGCUGAUGUUCAUCCCUCUGCAGGCGUGGCUGGGCAAGAAGACAUCGGCGCUGAGGAUGCGCACUGCUUUGCGUACAGAUGAGCGUGUGAGGAUGAUGAAUGAGAUAAUCGCUGGGAUUCAAGUGAUCAAGAUGUAUGCCUGGGAGUUGCCUUUUGAGCAUCUCGUGGCAUUUGCCCGAAAGAAGGAAAUCAAUGCAAUUAGACACGUCUCCUACAUACGUGGCAUAUUGUUAUCAUUUAUCAUUUUUCUUACUCGUGUCUCCAUCUUUCUGAGUCUGGUUGGUUACGUUCUGUUGGGCACCUUUCUAACACCGGAAGUGGCAUUUGUGAUCACUGCCUAUUACAACAUUUUGCGCACCACAAUGACUGUGUUCUUUCCCCAAGGCAUCUCCCAGAUGGCUGAGGCUUUAAUAUCGAUAAAGCGUGUAGAGAAAUAUAUGCUUUAUGAGGAGACGGAUGUGAGUGAUAGAUCCUUGGAUCUACUGGUGUCCACACCGGGCACUAAUCAGACAACUGUAAGCUCGAAACUGGAACAGGAUAAUCUGGAAGCCAAGGAGAAGUUGCUUACGCCAACAUCUCUGCAGAAUAUCAAUGAGAACGCUGUGCUAUCUGAAGCUAAAGUGUCCAUUAAUGGAUUAAUGGCCAAAUGGGAUGUCAGCUCACCGGAUUACACCCUCAACGGUGUCAACUUGCGCGUCCAACCAGGCACUUUGCUGGGCAUUGUGGGACGCACAGGUUCAGGAAAAUCGAGUCUUAUUCAGGCCAUUCUCGGCGAGUUGCGUGCGGAAUCGGGAGAGAUCCGUGUCAAUGGCAGUUUUUCUUAUGCAUCCCAAGAGCCUUGGCUAUUCACUGGAACUGUGCGUCAGAAUAUACUCUUCGGACAAGCCAUGGACAAGCGACGCUACGCUCUUGUGGUGAAAAACUGUGCCCUGGAGCGGGACUUCGAGUUGCUUCCCUAUGGCGAUAAGACGAUUGUCGGAGAACGAGGAGCUUCCCUUUCGGGUGGUCAAAAGGCACGUAUUAGCUUGGCCCGUGCUGUCUACCGUCAGACGGCAAUCUAUCUUCUGGAUGAUCCUCUGAGUGCUGUGGACACUCACGUGGCUCGGCAUUUGUUUGAGAAAUGCAUGCGAGGAUAUUUAAGGGAUCGCAUUGUCAUCCUGGUUACACAUCAACUACAAUUCCUUCAGCAUGCUGAUCAAAUUAUCAUCAUGGACAAGGGACAAGUGAGCGCAGUGGGCACAUAUGAUUCCCUGCGUGAAUCUGGACUCGAUUUUGCAGCAAUGCUGGGAGAUUCGUCGCGGGAUGAGCAGAACAUGGAUGGAUCACACUCCAGAUCGGGAUCAACUAGCGAAAAGCGACGCAACAGCGAGCAAUCAUUGGUAUCCCUAGCGGACUCUGCGCUGGAUGAAACAGCAGCUGAACAGAUGCAUGUCAAGGAGUCGCAGGAACAAGGCAACAUAGGAUUGGGACUUUACAACAAAUACUUUAAAGCUGGUGGCGGUUUCUUUGCAUUCUUCGUUAUGAUGGCUUUUUGUGUGCUGACACAAUUGUUGGCCUCCCUGGGCGACUAUUUCCUAGCAUAUUGGGUUGCUAAGAAGGGAAAUGUGCGACAGGAGAGCGACAAUAGCACCGUUGCAAUGGCUUCGGAAACGACCAUCUCAAAUGAUACAAACACCUCCCAUGUGCUGGAAAAUCAUCUUGCCAAUUGGUUAAAUGAAUUGGGCUGGUCUGUGAGUGCGGAAAUGCUGGAUACAUAUAUCUUUACAUUGAUUACAAUUGCCACCAUCGUUUUUACCUUGGCGAGAUCAUUUCUAUUCUUCAAUCUGGCCAUGAAAGCGUCGAUCAGUUUACACAAUUCCAUGUUUCGUGGCAUUUCGCGAGCAGCCAUGUACUUUUUCAAUACGAAUCCCUCGGGUCGUAUACUUAAUCGCUUCUCAAAGGAUAUGGGUCAGGUGGAUGAAAUACUGCCCGCUGUCAUGAUGGAUGUCAUUCAAAUCUUUCUCUCACUGGGCGGCAUUGUCAUUGUGAUUGCCGUUGUGAAUCCAUUGUUUCUCAUUCCAACAUCGAUACUCGUAUUGAUCUUUUAUCAGCUGCGCACGUUCUACCUGAAAACCUCACGUAAUAUCAAGCGACUGGAGGCAAUCACUCGUUCACCGAUUUAUUCCCAUAUGGCGGCUUCACUUACGGGCUUAUCGACAAUACGUGCCUUUGGAGCACAGCAUGUGCUUGUUAGAGAAUUCGAUAAUCAUCAGGAUUUGCAUAGCUCGGCUUUUUAUCUGUUUAUAAGCACAUCGCGUGCCUUUGGCUUUUGGCUGGAUUGUUUUUGUAUUAUCUACAUUGGCAUCAUAACACUGAGUUUCUUCAUUUUCCCGCCUGCUAAUGGCGGCGAGGUGGGUCUGGCUAUUACCCAGGCAAUGGGUAUGACUGGCAUGGUGCAGUGGGGAAUGCGCCAGUCUGCAGAGCUGGAGAACACGAUGACUGCCGUAGAGCGUGUUGUCGAAUAUGAGGACAUUGAACCAGAGGGAGCUUUGGAGGCGCCUGCCGAUAAGAAACCGCCCAAAUCGUGGCCUGAAAAUGGCAAGAUAUCAUUUGAAGAGCUGAGCCUACGUUAUUUCCCAGAUGCCAAGUCCGAAUACGUUCUCAAAUCCCUCAACUUUGUUAUCAAAGCGCGUGAAAAGGUCGGCAUUGUGGGUCGCACGGGCGCUGGCAAAUCCUCGCUGAUAAAUGCAUUAUUCCGACUUUCCUACACCGAUGGAUCCAUCCUAAUAGAUAAACGAGAUACACAAGAGAUGGGCUUGCAUGAUUUGCGCAGUAAAAUAUCGAUUAUACCUCAGGAACCCGUACUAUUCUCAGGCACAAUGCGUUACAAUUUGGAUCCAUUCGAUGAGUACAGCGAUGAAAAGUUAUGGUCCUCUUUGGAGGAGGUUAAGCUAAAAGAGGUCGUCGCCGAUUUACCAAGUGGAUUGCAAAGCAAAAUUACAGAAGGCGGCACAAAUUUCAGUGUGGGCCAACGGCAACUCGUGUGUUUGGCACGUGCCAUUCUACGGGAGAAUCGUGUCCUGGUCAUGGAUGAGGCCACAGCCAAUGUGGAUCCACAAACUGAUGCACUUAUUCAGACCACCAUCAGAAAUAAGUUCAAGGACUGCACUGUACUGACAAUAGCUCAUCGGCUACACACUAUUAUGGAUUCGGAUAAGGUGCUCGUCAUGGAUGCGGGAAGAGUUGUUGAGUUUGGCACACCCUACGAACUUCUCACUUCUGCGGAAUCCAAAGUUUUUCAUGACAUGGUCAAGCAGACCGGCAAGUCAACCUAUGAGAAUCUCUUACAGGUUGCAAAGAAGGCAUUUGAAUCAGUCCAACAAUCUCGAAAGCUGUCAUCCUAAGGCAAAUGUAAAAUCUACUCCAAUCAGUUUUUAUUAGUUUAAUCAUAAUGCUGGAAUGAUUCAUCGAAUGUAUAUAAACUCAUUAAUUUCAAGUUAAUCAUUUAAUAUUGUCGUAAUUUUAUAUGUACUUAUUAUGUAUCUGUGUGUAAGUGCCUAUGUAUUAAAUAUAUAAUUGCUAAUUGUUUAUAUAUUUGUAUGUAUUUUAAGUGUCUAAAAGCAAAGGAAUACAGUGCCUUACCAAAUAAAUAUGUACCACUUAUGUAAAUAUAUAAAUGAAUAGUUUUGA